CACUGAACCUAACUUCCCUUUACCUCAAAGCUCCGAAAGAUGCCUUUGAAUAUCUGAGUGCUGUAAGAGCAGUUUAUGUGCUUGGAUGCACUGUUAAUUAAGUCUACACCUCUCUAAGGAGGAAUCCAACACUCUCUGGACUGCCAGUUGUGAUUUGUUUAAACUAAUCUGCAGUUUGCUGCUGACUUAACCAUUUACUAAAUGGAUGUAAUGUAUUUACUCCAAGGUAGUGAGUGACAGAAGGUAGACAGACGUGGAAGGACUUGACAGGCAUGUGCAUCAUGGAAGCCAAAGUCAAUAGUUUGCAGAAAUGCCUCAACAGUAUUUAUAAGGUUAUUAGAACUGCAAAUGAUACCAUGUGUGCCAUCAGCAAGCCAUCAGUAUGCAGUGAAGUUCUGCUGUCUCCACAAGGAAUCGCUUACAUCUCAGGUGUUACUGAGGUGUACCGAGUGGCAAAGAGGGUGGAAGGUGGAAUGAAGACUCUAGAUAUUAGCAAUGAAACGCUGCAGCAUAGUCUGAGAGACAUUGAGAUAAUCUGGAACAAUCUGCAGGCUUUCCUCUCAUUUAACCCUUCUAUGUUACAGAUGUUGCCUGCUAAAUCUACCAUUGACUGUUCAGCUGUAAUUGCUUCUGGAAAUGCUCAGAAUGAAACCUGUGGAGUAUGUCAGCUCAGAACACUGAAUGAACCUAAUGACUUGAAUGACACAGAAAAUUCAAUUCUUCAUAAUGGGUGUUGCUACCAUGCAAGCUGUGCAAACUUUUGGCUAAACUGCGUGGACUCAAAUUUACCUUAGGCCUCACUGCACCUGAAGAAAAUUCUGAGGCUUUGAAUUUAGAAGUUCUCAUGGUUCUUGGACCAAACGGCUUGGACACCAGUCCUAAAGAUUUUACUGUUCCUGUAGCUCAAUGACUGCAAACUGUAUUUAUUCUCAGAUUCAAGGAACUCUAUUUCAGAGCGGACAGUUUUGUCAGAGGUACCCUUUUUAGGAUGUUUUAAAGGUAUUAACUAUUUGCAAGUGAUAUUUCAGAGACUUUCCUUGUCUGAAAAAUAUUAACUUUGCUAAGACAAAACAAAUGCAAUCUAUUGAUAGCACAGAUGUAACUUGGGAAAGAUGCAACAGAUUACCAUGAAAACCAUGUUGGAAAAUUGUACUGGUUGCCUUCCUUUUUAAACAAAGUAUUGCAGUAAAAGUAGUUCUAGGUCAGAAAGUGAAUUUAUGUAUUAAUCCAGUUUGAAAGCAUGAAGCCCAGCUUCCAUGUUUUAUGGGAUUCUCCUCUCUGCAUUGAUUCCUGUAUCAAUUUUGCAUACACAACUCUGUUUCCACAUCAGAGGAAAUGCAAGUGAUGUGGCACAGCAGCUCAAGUGCUUCACUUACACUCAGUGAAGCCCAAUAACUGAAAACAUCAGCUGGGAAAAGGCAGAUAGACAUUUAUGGGCGGAAGGUAAAUAGGAAGCUGAGAUACUGCAAUCAACUCUUCUUUCUGUAUCAAAAAUGAGAUGAUUUUGACUAUUUGCAGUUUGAUACCUGGCUCUCCAACUCAAAGCCAAUUUAUCAUUGUACAUUAAGAAUGCUGCAGAAUGUGAUAUGAUGAGCAUUUCUCAAGACUUGUGGAAGUAUUAGUGGAAAUAUUAGUGUUACUGAAUAGCACAGAAUCUGAAACAGAAUUAGGUUUUGUUUAGCUGAAGAACAGAAGUACGCCCUUGGGCCUUUUCUGCUAUUCACUGAGAUCCCUUGAUAUUCUUUCCUAAGAAUUUUUAGUGAUCUUAGUCUUGAAAAUGGGAAAAGGAGAAAUUCCUUGUGGCAGACAAUGCAUUAAAUGUAUCCCUUUUUAAAAAAAAACGAUAUCAUGAUGAAUGUACAGCUUUACCAUCAGCUUUCUGAGACCAAUUCGAAAGUUCCUACAAUAAUAUUAUUUAACCAGAUAAAUGCAUACUUAACUGUUACAGAAAGUGUGCUGUUGACGAAUACAACUGCAGAAUGCACAAUUCUGGAAUGAAACAUGGGGACAGUAGAAACCCCAACUUACUGAUAAAAGAUCUUGGCAGCUGGCUUCAGUACACGAGUGUAUUAUAAGGAGUCUGAUAGCCAAGAUAAUGUCCUCAAAAACCUUCACAACUAAUUAGUUACUUUUAAAGACCAGUCACUGUUGCAACCAUUUUCACACAGUAAGACUCCAUACACGCCAAUGAGAUGAAAAGCCAGUUCAUUUUGGUCAGUAUAUCUAGAGAAUUCCCUUCUGUUCAUCAUGUAGUGUCACGGGAACUUUUAUGUCUCGCUAAAUAGAUAAACUGGAUUUCAAUUCAAUGUUUCAUCCAAAAGGACAAAAAUGAGCAAUGAGAAUACCUAUGAGGUUGCCUUGUAUACAGAGAAUCAAUUUUGUCAAUCAAAGUAAGUUUUAUAGAUGUUUUGAUAAGUGCCUUUGUUGUCUGGUAUACUUAAUCCAAAUUGAUCUAGUAACCUGCAGCAAUUGCGAUAUAAAGAUAGCAGAAAGCUAGAAGAGCAGACCCAAAAAGGUUAACCUAGAAGGAGGUGGGUGAAAAAUAUAGUAACAAUGGGUGAACCGGUUUAGCACAUGGGGAUACAAGAUAGUCUACAAGCAGAUUGAAAACUUUACAAAUAUGAAUACGUGUGUAAGGAUGUGUACUUUUACAAAUGGUGAUGGGUAAGUAACCUCUACUUCAAAUGGUAUCAGAACUAUACAGAUGAGUUAUUAAACAGAAAAAAAUGCUGUUAAUCAUCUCAUGCUCUGAGAAAUGAUCAGCAUCGCCAUUUACUCCACAGGAUGACAGCUUCUGAGGAAUAACACCAAUCACUAACAUAAUUUAUUCUACAAGAUGCACCCUCCACAUACCACUAGAGUGUUGUGGCUCUGGAAGCAUUUUCAUAUUUUCAAAUGUAUUUCCUCCAUUAGAGCAGAUAACCUAUCGCAAAAACACAGUAUUCUUGAUCAUUCUGUCUAGGGCUGGAGGGGACAAUGUAGUCAUUCCAGCUGCUAUAUCCAUCCUUUCUCUCUAAUGUUCAGGGUUACGGGGAAAGAAUGUGCAGGGUUACAGGGAAAAGGUGGGGACAUUGAACUAGGUGAGUUGCUCAAUUUGAGAGCCGUUGCAGUAAUGAUGGGCCAAAUAGCCUCCUUCUGCACUGUAAUGAUUCUGUGAUUAAUUGCUGACUCCUGGUGUAUUUAUGGACAGAUCCAAGGUAUUUUCCUCAGCAAAAUAAACAUAGUGUAUUUAGUUUAA